UCGAAACUUUUCUCUCUCAUACGCUACUCGCUCUCUCUCUCUCUCUCUCUCUCUCUCUCAGUCAGUGUCCUCUGCCCCCCCUCUAGCCCUUUUCUUUCGCCUCUCUCCUCUUGCCACCACCGCCAUCGCGACGCCGCUGACCACCUCUCAUCUUGCCGUCAUGGCUUCGCCGACCCAUUUCUUCGAGUUCCGCCAUGGCUUCAAUCAUGAUCUCUUCUUCCUUCUUCAAUUCUCGCAAUCCAUUCUCUCCCUUGAUAAUGUUCUUUCGAUUUCUUGUUUGUUCCCAAAUCAAAGCCCUAAAUUUCGCUUGAUUUGUUGAUCUGAUCUGAUUUGACCUGAGAAAUCGUAUACAGUUUUAAUGGCUUCAGCGAAGUCGUCUCGGUCAAGGAUACUGAAUAACACUGCAGCGAAGAGCAACAACCCUAAGGACUCGGGCAAUAAGCUCCAGGAAAAUCUCAACGUCUUCAAGUCCGAUAAUUUCGAUGCCGAUGGCUUUGUACAGUCCAAGUGUAAUUCCCUGAACGAGAAGUUGAGUUUUUCGGACCGCUUGAGCGGUCAUUUGGUCGUUCAAGCGGAGAUCUUCAACUCCCAGUUGUUGGCUGUUUUGCAGGCGGGACUGCUCGAGCGGUGAAGUUGUCGCUCGAGCGUAGAAUUCAUACUACUAGUAUUUUUACUGUAGCUCUACAAA